AUGGAUAUCUACCUCGUCACGGGGAACAAAAACAAAAGACUGGAGUUCCAGCGGCACAUGGAUGGCGAGCUGGAGGUUCAGUUCGUCGACAUUGACUUGACCGAGAUUCAGUCCAAUGACAUCGUUAAGAUAAACGAGCACAAGGCCAAGAGGGCUCAUGAAAUUCUGAUCAGUGAUGCCUUGGGGGAGAGUCAGCCGAAACGGAAGCUAGUCAUCACCGACGACACAGGACUUUAUAUGGAUUGCCUGGGUUCUUUUCCGGGCCCCUACAUCAAGUGGAUGCAGAAGAGUUUGGGUUCGCAGGGCAUUGUGGACGUGGUGACGAAGCUCCAGAAUAACAAGUGCCAUGCCAUUUGCGUGUAUUCCGUGUCCGACGGGAAGCAGGUGCACUCCUUCCAGGGCGUCACUCAGGGAAGGAUUGCCGGUCCAAGAGGGUCGACUGACUUCGGCUGGGACAAUAUCUUUUCCCCCGAGAACUGCAGCAGAACGUUCAGCGAAAUGUCAUUCGACGAGAAGAAGGAGUCCUCCCCGCGUUUCAAGGCCUUCGUGCAGCUGAAGGCCUUCCUGCUGGAAGAAUUGACCAAGCAGAGCGCGCUGAGCGUCUACCUGAGUCGGAACUGUAGGCAGUCCACCUGCAGACCAUCGAGAGGAAGCUGCACGCCACUGCAUGGAUCCCACCGCGAAGGCAGGGAACUAUUCUUGUAUACCUCUACUAUAAAACGGAACGUCAUGUUCCUGACGGAGGACCAGGACCCGGAGGAGCUGAAGAAGGAGGCCAAUGAGAAAUGGGCAAAGGGCGAGGCGGAGGAGGCGAACGCCCUUUGGAGACAGGCCCUGAAGGAGUGCAUUAAAUAUUCCAUGAGGGGAUUCCCGACGAAGAAGAACAGAGACAUGCAACUCAGCUUGCGUCUGAACCUAUCCCUUUACCACUUUAAGAAAGGAGAGUACCAUGAGUGCAUUAACCAGUGUGACAUAAUUUUGGAGGGCGUGCCCGACCUGGACGGAGUGCUCACGAAAUACGAGGUGGACGUUACGGAGGCGAAACCCGCAACGCUUCCAACCGAUACGGAGGAGGAUGCACUUGCAAAGACGGAAGAUCAGGACACGUGCUUCCUCAGGAGAGAUACCCUGGUGAAGCUUUUUCUCCGAAGGGCGUAUUCCUAUCUGAUGCUGCAGGAGUUCGACAAGUGCAGAGAGAACCUCCGGCUGGUAAAACGAAUAGACAAGGGGAAUGCCGAACUGGUGAACUUAGAAAGGAAGGAACAAGUGGAACGAGUCCAUUAUGAAAAGAUGCAGAGACAGUUGUACAGGCGAAUGUGCAAUGCCAGUGGUGCGUUGCAUGAGUCCAAGGAGAAGGGAUAA